GCAGCUAGCUAAUCACAGAAAACCCGGGCGCACUAGGUGGUCACCACGCCCUCUUCCCCGCCCAGGGAAUCGAGCAAAGGGCAGCGCCAACCACCGGGCCAAUGGCGCGAGGGGGUGAAUGCACGGGUCCGAGACACCAAGCCUCACACACGGCGGUUGGAUUUCCAGGCUGUCUUCACCAUGACGGCUUCAGUCAUUGAAUGUCUGGAGCUUCAGCUGCUGGAGGUGGAAAUGAUGUAUUCCAUGUUCCCGAACAAAGGAGAGUUCUGUCUUGAGGAUGCCAAUGCCCUCAGACGCGUGAAGUCCUACCUGAAAAACCCCACUGGACCCCUGCCCCCCAGAAUUGGGUUUGUAGUUAUGGUAACGGACUAUCAGGGGGACGUUGAAUUGCAGGUUGGCUUUCCUCACAACUAUCCAAAUGUCAAGUUGCAGCUCUUUGGGCGAUCGUACUACCUUGACAGGAAACAGCAGUUGCUGCUUAAUCAAGAUCUUACUGCCUACAUCUCAACCUUUGAUGCUGGUGAGCUGUGCGUCUGUGCGGCAGUUCAGUGGCUGCGGGACAAUAGUGGCCCCUAUUUCCGGAAGAGUAAGCUCUUUACUGAACCUGUUGCGAAGGUGAAGAUCGUGAAGGUCAUGUUUCAUCGGAUGUGGAUCUACAGCCACCAGAUAUGUCGUCCAGAACUGCGAAAGAGGAUUUGGGACUGUGCAAAACGACUCAGUCUGACUGGGUUUUUUCUGACAGGGAAGCCAGGUAUAAUUUGUGUGGAGGGCAAAAAAGAGCAGUGUGAGGAAUUCUGGCACACAAUCAGAUAUCCCAACUGGAAGCAUAUUUCCUGCAAGCAUGCUGAAACUGUGCAGGUAGAGGGUAAUGGGGAUGAGCUGCGCAUCUUUCAAACUUUUGAGGAAUUGCAGUUUGAGAGCCAUGGUAAUUUCAGGCAUGAUUACCACAUGGAUCUGGGCAAGUUCUUGGAAUACCUCAAACAGCAUAAGAGUGAACAUAUUUUCCAGAUGUUAUUUGGCAUUGAAAGCAAAAGUUCAGGACGUUAGAAAUAUGUUCACAGAGCAGCAUUUGGAAUUUUUCAAGUUUUUUUCCACUGAGAAUAAAAACUUGAGUUUAAAUGGAAUUCAUUUUGUGUGUUAGCUCCUGCAGUAUAGAAGCAAGCUUUUUGUUUUUUUCAUCCCUUUUUUUCUUUUUGGGGUAGAAAAGGAGGUGUGCAGUGUAGACCUAUUAUUUUUAUUAGGAAACUCAAUGUGGAAAGUCCCUCCACUGAUACAAUUCAACAACUCAUUUAACAUUUAAUCUGAGAGGUUAUGGAACUUGCCCAUGAUAAAAUAACUAGUAUGUUGGAGAGGCAGAAUUGAAUGCUGGUCUUUCAGACCUUUAGACAGUAUUGCCUCUUAGAAAUGGUACGUAUCAUUUAAAGGAUUAGUGACUUUCUGCCCUUCAUGCUUUUCUAGCACUAGGUUGCUUUGCUUACUGAGUACUGGGUCAUUAGCACCCUCUGUAGCCUAGCUUUAUGUUCUCUUUGUAUCUGAUGUAGCACCAAACACAGUCCAUGCUAGGUACAGUGUAGAUGUAUAGAAAUAUUUGUUUGUUAAUUAGUGUAAAUGCCGUCGGGCACCCAUGGAGAUUCUAGGUCACUGGGACCAUUGUAAAUAUUCAGUUUGGGAUUGUUACGAGCUCUAGGAAACCACAACCAUUACAGUGAAUCUGUUGUGCUCUGACCGACUGCCAGGUAGGGAGCUUUUAUGUAGGUAAAGAAAAUAUGGGGUUCUUAAACUGUUGCAGGAGCCUUCUGGUUCAUUCUAGAUCCUGUAAAGUGCCUGAAAGCAAGAACAAGAACACGUUCACCCCAUUUCAUCUGUCCAGGGUGUGGAGCAGGGGGCAGCCUGUAGAAAGUUCCUGGCAGGAACCUGCAGAAGGCUUAGUCUGAGGGCUGCUUCAGCACACAGGGAAACAUCGGGUGCUCUUACCAGAAUGCUGUGCCUGGGAAGUUCUCCAUCAAGGGAGAAGCAGAAUUAGCUCACAGACUAGAAAGGGAUAAAGACAAACAGAAAAACAGCAAAUUUAUUUUAAGUACAUCUGAGAAGUUCAGAACAAAGCAUUUUGGGAUUAUGAAGAAAGGGUCAUUUUUCUCACAACAGUGAUCCAGAAGGCUAAACUAACAUCCUAGCUAAAGUAAGUUGAGAUUGUGAUGGCAAACAAAUGAAAGGAGCAGAACUUUUUAAAAAUAGUAGGAACUAGUGUGGGAUAUGGGCAGAUUCUGGCAGAAUUUUGUUCCGACUAAUUCCCUGGACUGAUUAUCUCAUUAGUUUAGAAUAUGGUGCUAAUGAGCAUUCCAUAGUUGUGAGUUAAAUCCUUAAGCAGGAAAGUAAGCUUCCUACCCUAUUAACAUGACCAUAAGCUGAAAUUGUAUCUUUGACCAGCUUCUUUGCAAGGAUGUAUCAUUUGCACAGCAAAUGUUAAAUAUUGUGGGUGGCUUAGACCAGCCUUAUACCAGAAUGAUGUAGAGAAGAGAACACUGAAUUUUGAGUCACAAGACCUGGUUUUGAACUCUGGGUUUGCUCUUUAAUAUUAUGUUACCUUUAACAUAGGCCUUUAACUUCCCUGGGAUUCAGUUUCCUCGUCUAUAAA